AUGCUCAUUAUAAUAAUUAUAUUUACUUAAAUACUAAACAUUCAAAUUAACAUAGCUCCUUUUUUGAAAGUAAAAAGUAAAAAUUUUUACUUCAAUAUCAAUUAUUUUGAAAGUUUAAGAGAAAGAGAAGUUAAUUUCCAGGAAUUUGAUUUUUGGCUAGGAAACUUAAUGUAUGACUAGGAAGAAAAUAAUUCAAGUAAACAGCAUAUGCUUUCAUUUAAUAGUAUGAAAAAUAUUUGA